AUGUUCAAAUUUGUUGUAGUAUUCGCUUGCAUUGCCGCUUUGGCUGUUGCCGCUCCCGUCAAGGAAGAAAAGGAAAUUAUUGAAAUUCUGAAAUCGGAAAUUACCAAAAACGACAAUGGCUCCUAUCAAUUAGCCUAUGAAUCUGCCGAUGGUAGCAUUCGCGAAGAAAAAGCCACCGUUGUCGAUGAAGGUACCGAUGAGGAGGCUCUAGAAAUCAAGGGCUCCUACAAAUACAUCAACGAUGCCGGUGAAGAAGUUGAAGUUUUCUAUACCGCUGGCAAAAAUGGUUUUGUUCCCUAUGGCAGUAUCAUUAAUCCCGAAAUUACUGCUGUAGCUGAAGCUGCUAAAGAUUUGCCUAAAUACGAAAAUGAAUACGCAAAGAAAUCCGAAUAA